AUGGAGGAACCUCAGUUCAUAUCCACGAGUCUCAGAAAUGAAAGCUAUGAGAACGUCACAAUUUAUCCGCCAGGUCAACGUGUGGAAAUCAACACAGGGUUUUAUGGGCCUCAGAUCUUAUCAAACAAUAAGGCCAUUUCGAAGAUCGAGCGAAAAGACACCCUUUGCCUCGGCGGUAUCAUCCAGGUCGUCAACACCAUGCUGCAAGUACCCAUCAAUCUUGGAAUUCAACUAUUUGAACAAGCCAAUCUGAAUUAUUUUGUGGCCAUCCUCAACCAGAUAAAUCUUCUAGCUCUCAACAAUACGGAUCUCGCUGACUUCAUUUACGACCUCACAACAACCCCUAACCUCACUUUCUUCUGCCCCAAUUCCGCAACGUCCCUCGCCUCAUUCAACAACCUUUCACAGUCGUUAUCUGCAAAUGAACUUCUUGAUCUCUUCAAUUAUCACGUCGUUUAUGAUUUUGUGGGGUACAGCUCUGUACUCACUAACGGGUCAACCGCGAAGACUGCCCAGGGUAAGGACAUUAUAUUCACCAGAGAUGCCGAGGACAACAUCUACGUGAACCAAGUACCAAUAACUACUGUGGAUUAUCUGGCUGCAAAUGGGGUCUUUCAUGUCGUUGAUGGUAUUCUUGAUCCAAAUAACGUUACCAUACCUCCGCAGAUUCCAAGAGCAGCGGCUUCGACUUCCUCUCCAGCAUCUCCCCACAACGGCCUCUCGACCAAUGGCAUAGUCGCAAUCAGUGUCGUCGUCCCUGUAGCUGCUCUCGCAGUACUUGCAUAUAUCCUGUUUUGGUUCGUCAGGAAAAAGAGAAAAGAAAAGAAGAUGACAGCCGACUCGCAAGGGCCAGAUCCUUCUAUUUCUGGAAAGACUGCAGGAGAAUUGUCUAGCGAUUCUGCAUUGAGAGAAUUGGAUGGCGAUGAUGCCAAGAAGGAACUCGGUGCGGUACGCCCAAUGAGUGAACUGGACGCAGCGGCAAAGCCUGUUGAAUUCCCCUCGCCGCCUCCAGCUAUUGAAUUGGACGCCACGCCAAAGAGAGAACAUGAUCAUUUACUGGGGGAGGAAGGACAUGGUACACCAUUAACGGCAGUUGUUGUUUCGCCCAUGACGGAUGUCGAUGUUCCGAUUAGAGAAGGAGAGACUACAGCUAUGAAUGGCGAUGCAACGUCACAGUGA